AAGAUACAAUAACCUUCGUCAGAACAAUGCCCGGAAACUCUGAACAAAGCUAAAAAUCUCGCCUUUGCAACACAAUGCUUUUCCAUCUUCAUCCACCAUCUCACCUCCACUUUCUGUGGAAACCAAAACCCAGAACCAUUACCAACGAUUCAAAAUUCAGUUUUCAACUCCCAAGAAUCUCCAUUUCCGCUACUCCAAGGAAGCUCGUCACCUUAUGGGGCAAACCUUCGCUUCUCAUCCCAAGAAGCAACCCAGAAAACGCUUAUCCUGCUUCACUUCCUGAUGAAACGGUAGACAAACAGUUCAUUCCAAUAACUCGAGUGGUUGAAACCUCCCAAGAUCUCCAACAAGGGGUGAAGAAGAACUUUUGGGGAGCUGUAACUUUAGUCAUUGGCACAGCAGUAGGCCCAGGAAUGCUGGGAUUACCUGCUGCAACUAUGAAAGCUGGUGCAUUACCAUCAACCAUUGCCAUUGUCUUGUGCUGGCUGUACGUAAUCUCCUCAAUCAUUCUCGUAGCUGAGCUGAGCUUUGAUGCAAUGCAAGAGGAUGGAGUUUCGGAGGUGAGCUUUACUGGACUUGCAACAAGAUCAUUAGGACGCCAUUUUGGUCCUUUGGUAGCCGUCGUUUACGCAAGCCUGAAUUUUGCUCUGUUGGUAGCUUGUGUCUCUGGGAUUGGAUCAAUUUUAUCUCAGUGGCUUCCCAUGAUGAACCCGUUGGUAACUCAUGGAUUGUUCCCACUGUCUGCUGGGGUGAUAAUCGCCUUCUUUCCUUUUAAUGUCAUCGACACUGCAAAUCGGUUCUUGUGCUUGCUCAUGGUUUUCUCCAUAACAGCUUUGGUCACAGUAGGUUUGUAUGUUGCUAGAGCAAAUGUGUUGAGCUCUUUUGCUCGAUCGUCCUGGAGGGUUUCUUCAAUUUUGCCUGCUGUGCCUGUUGCAGUGCUCACUUUAGGCUUCCAUGUGAUUACACCUUUCAUAUGUAAGAUUGCUGGGAAUACCGUCUCUGAAGCUCGAAAGGCAGUUUUGAUAGGUGGUGCUGUUCCUCUCAUCAUGGUUUUGUCAUGGAAUUUGAUUGUUUUGGGACUUGCUAGGGUUAAUAAUAUGGCUGCAUCGACCACUGAUCCAAUCUCGCUCUUGCUUUCUGUCAAUCCUUCUGCUCUACCUGCUGUUCAAGGAUUUGCAUUCUCUGCUCUGGCAACCAGCUUGAUAGGUUACGCUCUUAGCUUCCCCAAACAGCUUCUUGACACUUUAGACCUAAUAUUUGGGAAAGCAGAUUCUGAGAAGGAAACAAGCUUUACUUUUAAAACUACAUUAGUACCUGGGAUGCGUAGUGGGCAGGCAGGUUUGGUGGUAUUUGCUGGUGCUGAUGGUCCCGGAAAUCCCGGAAUGGUAAUUUUCGACAGAUCAAGGUCUUCAGGUGGCUCGGAAGUUGAAGGACCACCAGGAAAAGCUGAAGAAUCUGCUGCCGCACGUUUGGUCAUGGCAAUGGUGCUUGGAGUUCCUAUUAUCAUCGGAUCCUUCUUCCCUUCAACGUUUUCCAGAGCUGUUGAUUUUGCUGGAGUGUAUGCAAAUUGCUUCCUGUUUGGCAUACUUCCACCAGUGAUGGCAUACAUUCAGCAAUCCAGGCAUAAUAAUAGGGUCAUCCAGUGUGCCAGGAGGGAAUAUGACGCUUCUUGCACUAUUUGCCAUCGCUGUUAUGUUGUUGAUUUGGCAUUAGCUUACUAGCAACAGAACAGCAUUCCCCUACUACAUAGAUGGAUAUUUGCUCUCUUCAACAUAGAAAGUUUGACGCGCAAAACUAUGAUGUUUUGUUUCACUCGUCACCCACAGUGUUAAUCCUUUGCAUGCAGCGCAUUACUAUUUUUUUAUUUAUAACAGGCACCAAAUAUGGCAUGAAAUUUCAACCCC